CUUGGCCAGUGGCCAGACCAGACCUUAUAAAUUGGCAGCAUUUCAUCUUAUUUUGGCAAGCAAAUCAAUUGAGCUCCUCCUCAUCUCAAAACAACCACAUUCAUUCCGACCCUAAAAAGGAAAAGAAAAAUAACCAAAUUCAUAUAAGAAUAAGAAAAGAAACUACCUACUCCCAUACUAGCUAGUAGCUGCAAUCAAUGGCCUCUUCCAAUCUCUACAUCAUCCUUGCCACUCUAGCAGUUUUUGCCCCUUCAGUUUUGGCAACAGAUUAUGUCGUUGGCGACGAUAAAGGUUGGACGAUUAAUUUCGAUUACCAAGCUUGGGCUCAGGGAAAGUCAUUCUAUGUUGGUGACAAUCUUGUUUUUAACUAUCCAGAAGGAGCCCACACUGUGCUCAAAGUGAACGGCACUGGAUUUCAACAAUGUGCAGCUCCAUUAGACAGUGCGCCAUUAACAAGUGGAAAAGAUGUGAUCAACCUUGCAACCCCAGGGAGAAAAUGGUACAUUUGUGGUGUUGGCCAGCACUGUGAAUUGGGGAACCAAAAGCUUCUUAUAACUGUGCUGCCAUCUUCAUCUUCAUCUGCUCCAAGUCCAAGCCAUAGCUCAUGGCCUAGUGCCACAGCUGGGCCAGGCCCCAGUGCAUCUGCAGCAACUACAAUUGUUGGAACAAGAUUUGCUUUGAUGAUGCUUCUUACUAUUGGCUUUCUUGGGAUGCUCAUGGCUUGA